AUGGCUUUAGAUUCAAAUUUUGUGCAGGCGGCGAUCCCACGUUUUGAUGGUCACUACGACCAUUGGAGUAUGUUAAUGGAGAACUUUCUACGGUCAAAAGAGUAUUGGCUGAUCGUUGAAUCUGGAAUUGAAGAACCAACAACAAAUACAGUCGUGACGGAUGCCCAGAAAACAGCAUUGGAAGGGAGAAAGCUAAAAUAUUUGAAGGCAAAAAAUUACCGUUUUCAAGCCAUUGAUCCUCCCAUCUUGGAAACAAUUCUUAGCAAAGAAACUUCCAAAGAUAUUUGGGAUUCCAUGAAGAAAAAAUAUCAAGGCUCUAUUAGAGUGAAGCGUGCACAACUUCAAGCUUUGAGAAGAGAUUUUGAGGCUCUACAAAUGAAGGAUGGGGAAUCUAUCACCAGCUAUUGUACCUGGACAAUGGAGAUCGGCAACAAAAUGCGAUUUCACGGUGAGAAGAUGGACGAUGUCACCAUUGUGGAGAAGAUAUUGCAUUCCCUGACACCAACAUUUGAUUAUGUCGUGUGUUCAAUUGAAGAAUCGAAAGACAUAGAUGCAUUCUCUCUUGAUGAACUGCAGAGCUCCUUGCUGGUCCAUGAACAGAAGAUGAACUGA